CUCGGUUUCCGGCGGGCGCUCCCUCGCGGAUUCGCGACUGUGUCCCGGACGGGCCCGCGCGCUGACCGGCCACGUGCUCGGCCCGCAUUGACACCGACGUCGGACAGGCACCGCGCGUCCGCUGCCUCCCGAUACCACGUUUACGGAAAUGAGGUUUUAUGAAGGAUCGUAAAAUAAAGUGACAAUAGUGAGCGAAUAUUGGAAUGGACCAAAUAAAUUCAAGUGGGCCCCAAAUUGUAUAAGCUCAGGAGUCAGGAUGGAGUCCCCACAGAUACCUGUCCACGAUGACGACAGAUCUUAUAAGAUCUACAACAUGUAUAAGAGGCCUGAAAAUCUGGAGACGAGUCUAUCAUCUCGCGACGCUAAGACUGUGUACGCUAUGAAUGAUCAGACUUUUCACACGCCAUCUUUUGGGGAUGAGGAGUUUGACAUCCCGCUGAUCCACGGCCAACAUGCGGCCAGCACGGGGGCACAGAAUCCCCACCUCCAGUACACACAACUACACCACUCCGCCCCGCAGGUUGGCAUGAUGAAUCCUGCACAAGAUGGAUUAGCUCCUCCUGGCGGUGCCCCGUCCUAUCAACAACCGCUAUAUUUACAGGAACCUCAUACGCCGGUAACUUCACACAGUGCUGGUGCACCUGCAGGAAACUACAUCAUUCAACAACAGCCAGGUGGUCAGCAACAGCUACUGAUGAUGCAGCCAAGUCAAGUUAUAAAUGGGCCUCCGACUCCCAGUACACCCACUCAGCCUACUCCUGUGUACGGAUCACCCCAGAGAGCCUCUCCCCCCGGAACAACAAGUGAUGACUCGGAUGACAGUGUACCUUCACACUCACAGUUGCCUGGUGAUGCGGAAAGCCUUCUGCCUAUCCAUUAUUGCUCAGCGAGCCGGCAGCAACAAACCACGCUUCAUCAGAUGGGUGUUUCCAAUAUGGGUGUGAAGAGAUCCUCCCCUGAACCAAUGGAAAAUGGAAUGAAUAGAGGACAAAUGCAGAAAAAGCCCAAAAUUCAAAAGAAAAAGAAAAAACGAGACCCAAAUGAACCACAAAAGCCAGUAUCCGCAUAUGCUCUAUUUUUUCGAGAUACACAAGCAGCUAUUAAAGGACAAAACCCGAAUGCAAGCUUUGGAGAGGUUUCUAAAAUUGUAGCAUCAAUGUGGGAUGGCUUGGAUUCGGAACACAAAAGUGUAUAUAAACAGAAAACUGAAGUUGCCAAAAAGGAAUAUUUAAAAGCAUUAGCUGCUUAUCGAGCAAGUUUGGUGUCAAAGAGUGGUGAACCAGAAAAUCCUGUUAUAUACAAUCACAACAAUGCAAACACCAAUUAUGGAAAUUAUUAUGCUGGUCAAGGCUAUGGUAAUGGGCACUCCCCGCAGGCAUAUGGACCAAAUUCAGCACCCCAGGGAUACUCGCCACAAAAUUUCCCAGGACAAAAUCAAAAUACUUACACUGCUGGUCCUCAAACAUAUCCUACUAAUCCUCAACAGUCUCCACAGAACUAUCAAGGGAAAAUGCCUCAUCCAAGUGGAAGUUAUCAAGGAGUUCCAGCACAAACACCACAAGGAUACCAAAUAAACCCUGCAAGUUCCCCUCAAAAUUGUCAACCUAAUAUGGCCCAGUCACCCCGGAGCUACCAGAAUGCACAAUCUCCAAACUACGUCGCAAGUGCAGCAAUUUCACCGCAGGGCUACAGACAAGUGCAGUCGCAGUCACCUCCUAUGGCACCAGGUCAUCCACCAAUGCAAUAUCAUCAUUCUCAACAGAUGCAACAAGCUCAUCAAGUACAGCAAUACCAGCAACAGCAACAAAUACAAAACCAACAGCAGGCUCAACAACAACAGCAGCAACAAGCACAAAUUCAACAUCAGCAAACAACACAACAGCAGCAAACAACACAACAACACCAGCCACAACAGCAACUCCAGCCACAACAGCAACACCAGCCACAACAGCAGCAACACCAGCCACAACAACAACAACAACAACAACAACAACAGCAGCAGCAGCAACAAUCUCAGCAGUCUCAGCCACCAUCACAAAAUACAUCUAAUUCAAAUGACCAACAGUCUUCAAGUGGAAAUGGAAAUCCAGGAAUGCCACAACAGAAUUCGGAGCAAAAUGAAAGCCGAAGUGCACAGGCCUGCAUCAGGCAAGGAUGUAAAAAUCCUGCAAUAGCAAAUAGUGGUUGGGAGGAUGAAUAUUGCUCCAAUGAAUGUGUUGUGAAUCACUGCAGAGACGUUUUUAGUUCGUGGGUGGCAUCAAAUUCUAAUAAUCAAAUGCAAAAUUUUUCAGCAGUGAAGUAAGUGCAAUGGAGAAUUGAAUUAUAUUUUUGUGAAAUUGAAAAAGGUGACACCUGAUUUGUGCACUAUUUUGUUAUUGUAUAAUUUUGUAUUUAAUUCUGUACAAUUGAAGA